GGUUGGUGGGAGGGACAUGGAGCGCUGGCCCUCACCGCCGCGGUUGGCUGGGAGAGAGUGGUGACGCAACACAGGGCCCUUCGAAGUGGGCUGGUGAGUGGCUACGUUGGGCCGAGUGUGGGAGAAGAGUGGUGACGCUUAUCGAGGCUCCACCCCCUUCCUUGGAGCGAAGAGACCCGCUGCGAAGCUCCGGCCAAUCAGAGGAAAGGCUCCAGGAUGGCAUGGAAGGGUAGAGUUUGCUGAGAUGGAGGAAAAGAAGCACUUCAAGCGAGAUGAACAGGGAAAAUAAAGAUGUGAGACCAGGAAAGCCCAAGACAGGGAACAAAGGCCAGAAGCGGGCAUCUGUGGGUUGGAGCUAAACAGAGGAUGACGCAAAGCCCCAAGACUUCAAGCCCCCAGGAGUCGGUCCAAGAUAUCUCUGGGUCCCCCACCAUUGCCCAGCUCAGGACCUGCCACAGAGAGGACGCAGACUGAGUGAAUGAAGAAGAGAGUGAAAGCAUGCAAUAAACUGGUGAUGGAACGCAGCGGAGAGGUGCCCAAUUACCUGCCUUCGGUGAGCUCGGCCAUCGGCGGGGAGGUGCCCCAGCGCUACGUGUGGCGCUUCUGCAUCGGCCUGCACUCGGCGCCCCGCUUCUUGGUGGCCUUCGCCUACUGGAACCACUACCUCAGCUGUACCUCCCCGUGUCCUAGCUACCAGCUGCUUUGCCGCCUCAACUUCAGCCUCAACGUCAUCGAGAACCUCGCACUGCUAGUGCUCACCUACGUCUCUUCUUCCGAGGACUUCACCGUCCAUGAAAACGCUUUCAUUGUGUUCAUCGCCGCAUCCCUCAGUCACAUGCUCCUCACCUGCAUUAUCUGGCGGCUGACCAAGAAGCACACAGUAAGUCAGGAGGAUCACAAGUCCUACAACUGGAAACAGAGGUUCUUCAUCGUCAAUUUCGUCUCCUUCUUCACGGCACUGGCUGUCUACUUUCGGCACAACAUGUAUUGUGAGGCUGGAGUGUACACCGUCUUUGCCAUCCUGGAGUACACUGUUGUCCUAACCAACAUGGCAUUCCACAUGACAGCCUGGUGGGACUUCGGGAACAAGGAGCUGCUCAUUACUUCCCAGCCUGAGGAAAAGCGAUUCUAAACCCUUCUCUUCUGCUGGGGAGGGGCCCACUGCCCAGAAACUAGAAACAAGAUCCCACUCUGACCUUUCCCACUUCCUGUGUCUUCUCUAGACCCUACUGACGCUGGGGGAAGGGGGGAAGAAAGGAGGAAGGGCACAGGAUAAGGCUUUAUCCAGUCCUGUGGCUUUUCCUCCAUCCCACUUGAAGGCGCAGGGGUUCAAGCAGCAUCACCUUUAUCUGAGAGGCCCCAAGCUGAGUAGGCAGGAGAGCUCCACCAUCUGGUGCUUAAAAUUAAGUCCUGAGGUUCCUAACCACCAUGCGGUUCUUGGCCUUAACAUAGCCACCUCUUGUUGAGGUCAGGGACCAUUGAGCAGUGGCUGCUACCUGAAAACCACAGCCAUUCUCUCCAUGGGGUCAUUCGACUUGUGUGUCUAAUCUACUCUGCGCGUCCAGGCCUAUGGCCACAAUCCUGUUAAGGUUGCCCAGGUCUAGUCCCUACUUCACCUCUGAUGUAGUGUCUAUGUGGGUGAUGGGGUGGGCAGGCUGUAGGAUUUCCAAGGGCUCUGCUAGUCUGCUUGACAUCACCUUGUAGAGGUGGUGGUCUGUACCGGAAGGAUGACUGCUCCAGGAGCACUGGUGCAGCAUGUAUUUCCCUUCCCUUCGGAAAUCUCUGGCUUACACUCUUCCUCCUUGGUGAAAAUGUGGAGUGGAGAAGUCAGAGGCACAGAUUCCUACCCCCAAAAUGGUAUUCCCCCAAACUAUCCUACUGUCCCAGGCCCUGAGCUCUUUGGGUUGUACAUUUGUUUUCAAAGGAAAAUAAAAUUCUUGCCAACAGUCUGGGC